AUGUUGUUAGUCGCCGUUUUCCUCUUGGCAGUGAGAACUGAAGCCGCUUUGAAGAUCGGCGGUCUGGUGAGCGCUGGACACUCGCGUACGAAAGAACUGCUCGAGGAAAUCAUCAAAGAGAGAUCUUCGAAUCUCCCGACACAGAAUCGUAUGCAUCCGGAAAUUGCAUACGUGGAAGCGAACGCCACGUUCGCCAUCAGUAACACAGCUUGCAGUCAGAUAGGCCAGGGAGUGUCGGCUGUUAUUUCGUCGUGCAGCGGGACUGUGCACGAAACUUUGAACAGCCUCUCGAAAAGCCUUAAUUUGCCAUACAUCAACACAGCUCCCGACGUCGUUGAUUCGGCGUUUCGCAGUCGGGCUGCCGAAUCGGAUGAGAAAGAAUUUACAAUCGUGCUAGCUCCAUCGACUGCCAAAGCGACCGCCGAUCUCAUCCACAGCAAUAAAUGGAGAGACAUUUACUUCAUUUACGACAAGCCCGAAGGACUCGACGAACUCGAACACAUCCUCGCCGAACUGCCAAGGGACGCUGAAGUCGAAGUCAAGGGACUCCACCAAGUCACUUCGAACUCGUCCGCCUUGAAUUACCUCCAGGAAGUGGAGAACGCGGCAUGGGACGUAGAGAAACAUUUUAUUUUGGCGAUGGAUGUCAAAAUGGCCAAACGAGUGGUGGAACUGGCGUAUCGUAAGAAACGAGCGUAUUCCCAUUUCAUCGUUCCAAGAUUCACUGUGAAACAGUUCUGGUCCGACGUCAGGAUGUUCGAUCAGUCCACGGUGGCGAGUUUCCAAAUCAUCGACGAAAUCGAGUUCAAAAACAUGAAGAGCAUGAGGGGCGGUGUGUCGACCCCGAAGAACCCUGAAGAUGAGAACGUUAACGAAGAGGAGGCGUUCCUUAUGGACGCCGGCCAACUUCUCGCAGAAACGGUCCAAGCCAUCAGCAGGGAGCAACCGGUCGUCGCUGGAGAAAUCUUCAAAGAGCUCUCUCAGAUCCAAGCCUCGGUCUCCUGCUAUCGAACUCCCCUGGAACCCUAUGCGCAAGGGCGGACGAUCGUCGAGCUCAUGCGAAAGAUCCGCUUCAAGGGUAGCACCGGUCAGGUGAGAUUCAACGAACGAGGCAGGCGGACCGAGUACCAGCUCAGCGUUGUGGAGCUUACCUCGAAUUCAGAGGCAGAGAAGGUGGGUUCAUGGAGUGAUCGUGAGGGAUUGCGAUUUCUCAACGAACACGAACGACAAGCAAGACGCUCCCGAGUCAAGCAGGACGUGAACAAGAACAUCAUCAUCACAACAAUCAUUGAACGCCCCUUUUUGUUCUUCAAAGAUGAAAACGACACCCGACCCCACAUCGACAACGUGGACGGGUACAUCAAGGACCUCAUCGAACGUGUCAUGCGUGACAUUCCCGGUAGACCGCAAUUCGAUAUUCACUUCGUGAAAGACGGCAAAUUCGGCUACAAAGAUCCCAAACAGGCCUCCGGGUGGAACGGGCUCAUCGGAGAGGUGCUCCGCAAGGACGCCGAUAUCGCUAUCGCACCUCUCACCGUGACGACCGAACGAGCGAAAGUCGUUCACUUCAGCCAGCCCUUCAUGAGUUCCGGAAUCGCGGCGAUCGCACAUAACGGCGCCGAUGACCUCUUCAACAUCAGGACUCCGUUCGCCUUCCUUCGACCACUGGACUACAAGAUCUGGCUGUGCUUCCUCGGGGCGUACUUGGUGGUUGCUACGAUUCUUCUGAUAAUCAACUUGAUAAAUCUGGCUGUCGCCACUCCUCCGGUCGACCCGCCAACACCAUGCAGACAUUUCUAUAACUCGGUCUGGUACGCGUUCGGGAUGUUCAUGUCGGAAGAAUGCAAUAAUUGCCGUCCCAAGUCCUUGGGUUCACGAGUCAUCGGAUGUUCUUGGUGGCUUUUCAUCUUCUGCUUCCUUUCAAUCUACACAGCCCAAUUGUGGAUCAAUGAACCUUUUUCGCCCACUGGAGAGAAUCUACCCAAGUGCACACGGGAGCUCCUGUAUCAGAACGAAAUUGAAUACGGUCUGGUGCGGGGCUCUGUCAGCGAAGAUUUCUUCAGGAAUACGGACGACGAAGAAUACAAAGAAAUGUACAAGCGCAUGCUCUCCUUCAACGACAGCGUCAUCGGAAGUUAUUCAAAGGCAAUCGAUCGUAUCCGCAACAACUCGCGAUUCAUCGUGUUCGCAGAUAGCAAUCUCGUGAGAUACACAUCAGCGAGAGAACCUUGCGACACCAUCCAGGUCGGUACAGAUUUGCGACGUUCGCAGUACGCCAUCGCAACUUCGAAGCAUUUCGCUCUGCGAAGGAAAAUCGAUGAGAUCAUUACCUCUCUGCGGGACGAGGGAUUCCUCGAGCACCUGGAGAGUAAAUGGUUCGGGGAACAAGCCCUAGACUGUCCCAGUGAGACACCGGUCAUCGCUCCUAGUUUUCUUUCCGGUCGGAAGAAAUCCGAAGUUGCUCGACCACUAGGCGUCCGCCGAGUUUUGGGAUGGUUCUUCAUCUUAGGACUAGGAUUGCUGAUUGCGCUUUUCAUCACGAUCUGCGAGGUCUAUUGCAAAAAACCGAAGAAAAUCCGAUCACCCGAAGAAAUUGCCGAAAGGAGAGCCGCUCGAGAGGCUAAGAAAAACAAGAAGUCUAAAAAAGACAAGGCUGAAGAGGUCGAAACGCAACAGCUCACGGCCCAUGAGGCGCCAAUAGGAAACUCGCAAAUCGAUGAUGGAGCGUCGACGAAACGCGAUGACGCCACGCUGAAGAAGAGAGGAAUUCCGCGCGAGAUGAAGAUUGAUGAGGAGUAUCCGGCCGACGAUGGAGGCUUCAAAAGGACCGAGUUGCCCCCCAUCGCCGACGUGGAGCCCUUCACCGAUACGGAUUCCAGGUGUACGACUUCGUAUCCAACAAUGGUUGACCAGGCUAUCAAGGAUAAGCUCGAAGCUGGCUUUGCCAAGCUUCAAGGAGCCGCGGACUGCAAGUCUCUGGUGAAAAAAUACCUCACCAGGCAGGUGCUCGAUGAGCUCAAGGAUAAGAAGACGGCUAUGGGAGCGACCCUCCUCGACGUCGUUCAAUCCGGCAUGGAGAAUCUCGACUCGGGAGUCGGCGUGUACGCUCCCGAUGCGGAGUCUUAUAAGACUUUCGCUCCGUUGUUUGAUCCCAUCAUCGAUGAUUACCAUCAAGGGUUCAAGCCCACCGACAAGCACCCCCAAUCUGACUUCGGAGAUCUCAACCAGCUCGUCAACGUGGAUCCCGAAGGCAAAUUCGUUAUCUCCACCCGCGUUCGUUGCGGUCGCUCUCUGCAGGGCUAUCCUUUCAACCCCUGCCUCACCGAGAACCAAUACAAGGAGAUGGAGGCGAAGGUCUCUUCUACCCUGAAGGCUCUCGACGGUGAACUCAAGGGAACUUACUACCCCUUGACCGGAAUGGACAAAGCCACCCAACAGCAGUUGAUCGACGAUCACUUCCUCUUCAAGGAGGGCGAUCGCUUCUUGCAAGCUGCCAACGCUUGUCGAUACUGGCCCGCUGGCCGUGGCAUCUACCACAACGAUGCCAAAACUUUCCUCGUCUGGUGCAACGAAGAAGAUCAUCUUCGCAUCAUUUCCAUGCAGAAGGGAGGCGAUCUCAAACAAGUUUUCGGUCGUCUUACUGCCGCGGUCAAGGCCAUUGAGGCUAAGCUGCCUUUCUCUCGGGACGAUCGUCUUGGCUACCUGACAUUCUGCCCCACUAACCUGGGGACAACCAUCCGGGCCUCCGUGCACAUCGCUCUGCCCAAGCUCGCCGCCGACCGCGCAAAGCUCGAGGAAAUCGCCUCUAAGUACUCUCUGCAAGUCCGCGGAACCCGUGGUGAGCACACCGAGUCCGAAGGCGGAGUUUACGACAUUUCCAACAAGCGGCGUAUGGGUCUGACCGAGUUCCAGGCCGUCAAGGAGAUGCAGGACGGUAUCCUUGAGAUGAUCAAGAUGGAGAAGGCUGCCGCCUAAGAAGGACACCGUUCUCCUCCCAAGUAUCCUUUCUCGGAAGGGCCGAGUUUCGCUGCGAUGUGCUAGGCAAUGCUAACGUUCAACACACUGCGCUGUUCACGAUCGUCGCUUUGCAACUUUUCGCCGCUGUCCGACGUCGUUGCUCGCUCGAGCUCCGACAGCGAAGCAGUUUCUUUAGGUGUGACGUCGUUCCAGAGUUGCGAUCGUAGCGAAUGAGUCAUGUUCAAUAAUUCUGAUCGAUUGAUCGAUCGUCAAAUAUUCGACUGAUCGAUUGGUCGAUCUUUCUGAUUGGUCAAAAUCGUUUUUUCCCGUUGGUGAAUCCUUUGAAACUAUAAUUCCUACUGUCAUCAUUGGUAUGUUGAUGCUGAUCGAUACGUAGCUCGUUUAAGAGACGACAAAAACCCGAACGGGUGUCAUCGAAGCACUACACACGUUCGAGUCGAGGACCCAGACAUCAGCCUACUGUCCUUAGUAUAAGGCCUUAUACGUAAGGUGCAGAUGAUGUUUCUGGGCCGUCUAAGCUCAAUCAACUUUGAUAGUCACCUAUUAUCAUUAUUUCGGUACGCGAGAUGAUAAUAAAUACAACAAACGAUUAAUA